CCAAGUUGGGGAGCAAUAAUCUUCCUUAACUUAAAAAAAAGUAAUUGCGUUGUAACCAGUAAAACCUUCAACCAACAUUCUCUAGUGUCAAAACUGACUCGUAAACUAAAGUGGUAAGGAAGAAACGAACGCAUGUUUGGCGUGCGGGAGUGAGUUUGCGUGUGGCAGGGGCUGGCGAGACUCUACAGGUGGGGGUGGAAGCAACAUGUGAGCGCUCCUGCACAAGGCUCCCCUAGCUAUCUCCAUCCACCCAUCCUCGUCCUUCCAGGACAACAACAUUCCCUCCCACACCUCGUCUCCUGUGGCCAUCAGGCAUCAACACUACCACAGGACGAAGGGAAUCCGACGGCACAGUUCCCUGGUGGGGAGGGAGAUGUCCUGGACUGGUGACGUCAACGCGAUCAUAACUCUCCUCAUUUUGAUUGGAUGUCUCGGACUGACGUCAUCACAGCAUUAUGGGAAUCAGUAUAAAUACGGGCUACACAGUCGGUGGACGGCACCAACGACGCAGGCGCCGACGAUGAACCACAGGACGAAGGAGAAGGUGCUCCUGGACGAGAUCCUGGGGAACGGAACCUACGACAGGAAGAUCAGGCCCUCUAACAUUCACAAGAAAGGUAACGACGGGGACUACACUACAGUGGUCAUCAAUAUUAUGAUAAGAUCUAUUAACAAGAUCGACGAUUACCACAUGGAGUACAGUGUUCAGAUGACCUUCAGAGAACUCUGGAAUGAUGACCGCCUUAACUACAGCAGCGAGGGAGGUCGCAUCAAGUACCUGACCCUGACUGAGACAGACAAGAUCUGGAUGCCAGACUUGUUCUUCAAGAACGAGAAGACGGGCCACUUCCACGACAUCAUCCUCCCUAACACCUACAUCAGGAUAUACCCCCACGGCGACGUCCUCUACAGCAUCAGGAUCUCGUUGACGCUGUCCUGCCCUAUGGACCUGAAGCUCUACCCUCUCGACACCCAGGUCUGUGAGCUCCUCAUGGCCUCCUACGGCUGGACGACAGAAGACCUGGUCUUUCAUUGGGAGAGCAAGGAACCCAUCCAGGUGACCAAGAACCUACACCUGCCGCGGUUCACCUUGGAGCACUUCGUCACCGAGUACUGCAACAGUAAAACUAACACGGGGGAGUACAGCUGCCUGAAGGUGAACCUGAUCUUCAAGAGGGAGUUCUCCUACUACCUGAUCCAGUACUACAUCCCCUGCUGUAUGCUGGUGAUCGUCUCCUGGGUGUCCUUCUGGCUGGACCAGUACGCUGUGCCCGCCCGGGUCGCCCUCGGGGUCACCACCUUGCUCACUAUGUCUACUCAGAACGCUGGCAUCAACCAGUCUCUCCCUCCCGUCUCCUACACCAAGGCCAUCGACGUGUGGACGGGCGUGUGCCUCACCUUCGUCUUCGGGGCGCUGCUGGAGUUCGCGCUGGUCAACUACGCCUCGCGCUCGGACAUGCAACGGGACAAGGUGAAGAAGGCGCGGCAGCAACAGCAGCAUCGCUGGGACAUGGAGACCCAAGCCGCUGCUGCUGCCUUCGAAGCCGCCAUGGCCGCCCCCGACCACGACCACCAGCACUUCGACUACCACCACAACUACGUCGACGACAACCAUAUGGUCGACUACCCCAGUUUGGUCCGGGAGAGGAUGGAAAAUGGUGUUCCAGCCUUUGCCAUGAGGACCCUGGUACCGCCCUUCAGGGAGGUGGUGGGGGCCAACCACCUGUGCGAGGUCCACCUUCAGGGCCCCCACACCAACUGCUGCCGCUCCUGGAUCUCCAAGUUCCCCACCCGGAGCAAACGGAUCGACGUCGUGGCCAGAAUAACCUUCCCUCUUGUCUUCGCCCUCUUUAACGUCGCCUACUGGAGCGCCUAUCUCAUCAGAGAGGAAGAGAAGGAGAUAUAAUCGCUUAAGUGCUGACCGGUUGGGGGAAGGGGAGGGGGGGGGGAGGGGUAACUGGUUGACUGCUGCUGGUGAGACAGGAUGGUUUGAUUGUUCUGCAACUGGGUGGGGUAGUUUGAUGGGUGACUGAGUGGUGAUUCGGUGCUCUGAAUGAUUUGACAGUUUGGUGAUGUGAUGGAUGUGUGUGUGAAUUUUUGGUUGCUUGGAUGUAUUGGUGCAUAGGUUAUUGGUUAGUUUGGUUGUCUGUAUAUUUGGUGACUGGUUGGCUUGUUGACUGGUUGACUAGUUGGCUUGUUGAUUGGUUGACUUGUUGACUGGUUGACGUGUUGGGUGACUUGCUAUCUGGGAGGCUAAUUUAAAGUAUGUCUACCUGGCUGAAUAAAUAAUGAGUGAAUGAGUUUAAUAACCACAAGUUUUGUUACUGAUUAAUAGUGGCCACCACCACAAGCCACAACUACUACCACCCCAAUACCGCUACCACACCCACCACCAGCCUUACCACAACUAUUCCACUACCACCUCUUAAUCACGAACAUCCCUACCACAAUUACCGCCAUUACUUCUACCACAACCACUACCCCUCCCACAGCCAUCACCACAACCCCUAGCAAGCAUCACCACUCUUCCUAACACAACCACCACCGUCCUUGCCACAAUCACCACUACCACCCCUACCACAUCCACCAUCACCCCUGCUACAUCCACCAUCCCUACCACAACUACUCCCACUCCAAUACCCUACCACAAUAGCCUCCAGCUCCAUUUUUAUUACCACAACCAUCACCAUCACCACCCCUACUCCUCACCACUACCACACCUAACCACCACCACCACCACCACCACCACCACCAUAAUCGCUCCUACCAUAAACUGCACUCGCACCAUCAUCACCACACCAAAAUCACCACCACAAUCCCCACCACCAUCACCACCUCAUUCACCACUCUUACCACAAUCACCCCCCCCCCCACCUCCACGAUAUCACCCCUACACAAUUACAAACCAGUUUGUGUACAGUCACGACUGUCCCUCCCCCCCCCUCAGUCACUCCUUCACCACACAGCUGGGAAGAAAACAUCAAACUUCCGACUGAAAGAUGCUGUGUUGUCUCUGGACUUCUUUUUGUACCCUGUACAGUUCUAUCCACUCAUAUAACUGUGAUUUCCCCAGAUCAAACCAACAUGUUGAUUUCGUGUUUAUUCCAGCAAUGUUCAUGUCUUCACGGCCUAGUUAUUGUUGAGGUCUUCACGGCCAAUAGACAAUGAAUUAUGGGCAACCUGUCUUGAACGUGUUUGAGGUUUGAGUGCACAAAAUAUUUGAGAAUUAGAAGGAUUGAUGUUUGUAAAUCAGUCUGUGCGUGUCGACAUUUAUGAAUCUAAUUAAUAUAUAAAAGAUAUUUGUGUCUUAGUCUAUUUGAGGCUAGCAUCACCGAACUUUGCAGGAUGACUGGUCUUUGUCCGAGGCUGGUCAUAGGCGGGUCGGAGCCGAGCUCUGUGGCCCCCACUCUUUGCUUGAAAUGGGAAAGCUUUCCAAAUUUCCAGUCUCGUUAAAUGCUAAAUUCAAUCUUCACUACGAUUACAGGGAUGAAAGGAAUGUGGUGAAGCGCAGAGGAGGUGAAGGGUAGGGGGAGGUGGUGAUGGGUAGGGAAGGUGGUGAAG